AUGACCAAGGCCAGCGAGGAAGAGAUCAGAUGUUAUAGCAGCUUGGUUGGUGAGAUGUCCUGGCAAGGUGUCUCCUUGAAAGUCAGAUGUGACAGACUCCGGGGUCAAGGAAAGAAUCAGAAAAAAUGCCCGGUGUGCAUGAUGAAACAUGAGUCAUAUGUACAGGCUGUUCCGUUGAACAAAUCAGUCCUUGGCCUAGCAGUGUAUGUUCUGCGUGAGGCAUACCACACUUAUAUCACUGGAGUUGGUCUGCUGGAAAGGGAGUUUGGUGAGCCAAACUUGAUUUUAGGGUACCGGAUACCGGAUCAAUAUGUUCUAAUAAACAUUCAUGGGAAGCAGCUCAUGGGGUUCAACCUGAUUGCUGGGGAUUAUGCAAUCUACGCAUUACAGGCAGUCUUCAAAGGAGGCUCUAGCAGAUGGGCGGGAAACCAAGAUGGUUCUAAGAGAUGCCAGUGGAUUACUGACCGACAUACUGUAUGGAACACUCACCGCGAUACGCCAAGGUUAGUGCGCCUCGCCACGGAGAAGGGUGUCCAGGCACUUUCCGGAAAGCUGGAUGUGAGUCAACCCUCUUCUACGACAAAAUGA